CAAGGCAUAGAGAGAGCCAGAGGGGAGCUUCAAGCUUGACUAUUGAAAACAGAGAGAGAGAGAGACAGAGAGAGAGAGAGAGAGAUGGGUCAGAAGGGAAGAGUGUGUGUUACAGGUGCAGGAGGGUUUUGUGCUUCUUGGGUGGUAAAGCUUCUUCUCUCUAAGGGAUACACUGUCCAUGGAACUGUCAGAAACCCAGAUGAUGAAAGAAAUGCCCAUUUAAAGAAAUUCGAAAAUGCCUCAACAAAUUUAAGACUCUUCAAAGCAGAUCUCCUUGACAACAAUGCCAUUUCUUCAGCGAUCUCAGGAUGCCAGGGAGUUUUUCAUGUUGCAAGCCCAGUUCCACCAGGCAACGUGCCAGAUCCAGAGAAAGACUUAUUGAAUCCAGCAGUGAAGGGAACUUUGAAUGUGCUAAAGGAAUCUAAAGAGGCAGGAGUCCAGCGAGUUGUCUUUGUCUCCUCCGUUGCAGCUGUUAUGAUGAACCCCAAUUGGCCUCAAGAUAAGGUCAUGGAUGAAAAUUGUUGGUCUGACAAGCAAUAUUGCAGGACUACUGAGAAUUGGUAUUGCCUCUCAAAAACCAUGGCUGAAAGUGAAGCUUUUGAGUAUGCUCAGAAAAGUGGACUUGACCUUGUAUCAGUUUGUCCAGCGCUGGUGCUAGGACCGAUGCUACAACCGACAAUAAAUGCAAGCAGUCUAGUUCUCAUCAAGCUUUUGAAAGGAGAACAACAGUGUGUCCCCAACAGAACUCGGUAUAUCGUUGAUGUUAGGGACCUCGCCGAGGCCCUUUUGCUCGUCUACAAGAAGCCGAAUGCUUCUGGAAGGUACGUAGCUGUGGACCACAGAGCCAAAGUGAAGGAAAUGGUUGAGAUUAUGGGGAGCCAAUAUCCAAACUACAACUACCCAAAGCAGUUCACUGAUGGAGAGGAAGAUGCAGUUCAAUUGAGCUCAGAGAAACUCCAACGGUUAGGGUGGAAACUCAGGCCUUUAGAGGAGACUCUUCUUGACUCUGUUAAAUAUUUUGAGGAAGCUGGUCUUGUAAGUAGGAGUUGAGAGAGAGAGAGAGAGAGAGAAAGAGACAGCAUGUAUCAAUAAACUUAGAAAGAUUUGAUACAUUUCAGUUAAGUUUAUCAGAAAAAUGGUGGAUUUCACA